AUGUCUGGUCGUCAUGGCCCUUAUGCCUUGGGCGACACACGUGCUACAAUGGUUAACACAAAGGGAUGCCAACCCGCGAGGGGGAGCCAAGCCCAAAAAAUUAACCUCAGUUCGGAUUGGAGGCUGCAACUCGCCUCCAUGAAGUUGGAAUUGCUAGUAAUCGCAAAUCAGCCAUGUUGCGGUGAAUACGUUCUCGAGUCUUGUACACACCGCCCGUCAAAUCACGAAAGUCG